AUGAAUCGACUCAAGUCCGAUCAGAAGACCAAGGUUGGUAAGCGUAGGUCGGAGGAGAACGCGGAAAGUGAGGUGGAGACGCGGAAAACGCGCAGACCAGUCGGAGGUGAUUGUGGAUCGAAGCCCGAAACGGUAAAAUCGAUAAUCGCCGGCAGGCUCGGCGCGUUGAUUAUCGAUUUUCAAUAAUUUCAGCACACUCAGCGAGUAGCUCAAAGCAGUGUUCCUAAGAAACUUUCUAAGAUUAAUCAGGAAAUUGUGAGUUUGAGGUAUCCCCUUCCACUGUCCUGCUUCUAGAACUUUCUGUGAGAAAUACGUGAAAAUUUCGACAUUUUUUGCUAAUAUUCCUUGCCUACUAUCAGCAACGCGUAUAUAAUUACUGAUCCCCGUCCGCCUGCACUCCGAUCCUAAUCCAGAGGGUCCCGCAGCGAAAGAGACGCAGAGAGUGAACGCCGUGUGCUCGACACGUGAUCAGCAGGGUGUGUCUGUCCGCCUUGACCGACCAAGAUCGAUACCUGUUUUUGAGAUUGUUUUUGAGUUUUUCAGGGAAAAUUUUAGUUUUUUUAAUAUAAAAUUUCAAAAAUCUAUUUAUUUUCAUUUUCAGCUGCGUCAGUUCGUGCAGUGGACACAGGCUUCCGAGUCGGCGGCAGUCAGCUAUCUCACGAAGGCCAAUUGGAAUAUCGAGUACGCGAUGACCGUCUACUUUGACAAUCCGCAACUGUUCUCGGGACCGCCGACGCCAGUGGUCGCCGAUCGACCCAAGAUCGAGCGACUCUUCAAUUCGUACGUGGAUGGACGCGAUACGGUCGGCGAGAAGCGCAUCGGACCGCACGGCAUCAGCCGUCUGCUCACGGAUCUCGGCUACGCGCCGACCGAUCGACGAGUGCUCGUGCUCGCGUGGAAGUUCAAGGCUGGAACUCAGUGCGAGUUCUCGCUCGAUGAGUGGGUGAAUGGGAUGACGUCGUUGAGUGCGGACAGUGUGCAGGUGCUCAAGCAGAGGAUCGACACGAUCGACGGAGAGCUCGAGUCGGAUAAGACUAAGGUAGCGGAAUGUCUUCGUUAUUGUGAAAUAUCCUCUCCGGGACCUCACUAUGUAUGCGGAUCCCGCUAAAACUUGCCGAUUCGGAUGGUAAAAACGGGUUUCCUUCUGAUUUUGCUCAUUUCCGUCAAACUUUUAUCGAUUUUCAUUGUUCUUGAUAGGGUUAUUCAGUCGGGUAAAAAACUGAUGAAAAACGAGUCGAAACCGUCUUUUACAGAAAACACGGGGAUUUACUGGUUUAUUACCAGUUUUUACCCAACUGAAUGAACCCAUGAAUGGUGUUUGUCAAAACUAGUGGGAUAUUAAUAAGCUUGGCAUUGUUUCUAUGCAAAUCGGCAAGUUCCAGAUUCCAAUAGAGCGGGGAUCGGUUUAAGCUGAAUUAAAUUAUCUAAUCUGCGAUUUCGUAAAAGCCCGAUGUUUUUCGGCCUGAGAGCUGCAAUUUUCGGAGAAUAAGAUUAACAGCAACUGAAUUCAAAAUCCUGGCUCAAUAAUCCUAAUCCUUCUUAAUUUCAGUACCGCGAUCUGUACAUUUUUGCGUUCUCGUACGGAAAGCCGGCCGCGUGCCGUAGUCUGGACCUGGACACGUCGAUCGCCUACUGGGACGUGCUGUUCGGCACGCGCAAGCCUCUGAUGACCCAGUGGAUCGAGUUCCUGUACGCGCAGGAGGCGGCCGGACAGGCGAGACUUCAGGAGGACAUGGGCGCGACCUCAAGGAGCGUCAAGUCUGUGUGGAUCACCAAGGACACGUGGAACCUGUUCUGGGACUUUAUCGUGCUCAGCAAGCCCGACCUCUCGGAUUACGACGACGAGGGGGCGUGGCCUGUGCUCAUCGAUCAGUUCGUGGAUCAUUGCCGCGGUCAUCUCGGAUAUCCGAAGCAGGAUUCGAAGGGAGAGAGCAAGGAGCAGCAGACGCCGAUGUACUAUUGA